AUGAAGUUACCUGAAUCUGUGAGCUGUUUGUAUCAUUUGCAAACUUUAAUUUUAAACCAGUGUCAAGAACUCAUUGCGCUGCCAACCGGCAGUGCAAUGUUGACGAAUUUGCUUUUUCUUGAUGUUAGAGAAACAAAUUUGCAAAAGAUGCCACCAGGAAUGGGUAAUCUAACAGAACUCAGAAUGUUAAGUAAAUUUGUUCUCGGAACUAGAAAACAAAGUAGCAGCUCUAGCAUUAGAGAAUUGAGGAAUCUUGACCAUCUAAGGGGAGAGCUUAGCAUCGAAAAUCUUCAACAUGUUGAAAAUCCAAUAGAGGCUUCUGCAGCAUGUUUGGAGAGAAAGAAGCAUCUUAAGCAGUUGGGUUUCAAGUGGGCCGCUGAGGUUGAAUCAGAGAUUGCAUAUGGAGUCCUUAAAAGUUUAAAGCCUCAUGAGAACUUGGAACGUCUUUCCAUAGUUGGCUAUGGGGGUACAGAAUUUCCAAACUGGAUAGAUGUUGGCUAUUCUUCUGUCUCAAAUUUAGUGUCCUUGAAGCUAAAUGGACGUAAAAACUGCUCAUGCUUGCCAUCACUUGGAGAAUUACCAAGUUUAAGAGACCUCUCAAUCACAGCAUUUGAAAAAGUUAGAAAUGUUGAUCUUCAGUUCUAUGCACGUCCGAAGACCUCGGUUCCUUUCAAAUCCAUGGAAAUCUUAAGAUUUGAAAGGAUGCCACAGUGGGAAAGCUGGAGUGAUGUAGAUGGAGCUUUUCCUCUCCUCCAGGAGCUUUACAUCAAAGAUUGUCCCGAGUUGACAAAGUCCUUGCCCAGUCGCCUGCCUUCCUUAACUACAAUGGGGAUCAAGGGAUGUCAUAAACUGGUGGUUUCACUUCCAAGUGCUGCAACACUUUGGAAAGUAAGGUUAAAUAAGGUGAUGUUAGAUAAAUUAUCUUCUGGGCUCUACCGUCUUCAAGUUGAAGAGUAUUCCCAAGUGCCAGUAAAGCAAAUGGAGGUUCUUUCCACUGCUUUAGAAGAGAUCCAUAUCAGCAAUGAUAGUUCGCUCAUAUACUUACCAGUGGAGUCAUUCCCUAACCUGAAGAAACUUAAUGUCAGACAAUGUUCGCGUCUCAAAUCCUUUUUUCCGGCUGAGGUGGCUUCCACAAGUUACUCUGCAAUCAGGGAUCCUUCCAAUUUAAUAUCUUAUCCCGAUCCAAAGUUCCCUCCAAUCCAACAUGCUUACAUUAUUGAUUGUCCAGAAUUAUGUGUAGCUUCACUUCUAGCGCUUCCAACUAUCCAAUCAAUAAAGUUAUUUUCUUGGGGACGUAGUCAGAUGGAGUUGAGCAAAUUGCCUUCUAAGUUGUGCAGUCUUCAAGUUCAGCAUUUCCACUUAUUUGAAGAAAUUCAGGGGCAAAGUUUGACUGGUGCUUUCACCAACUUAGAAGCAAUCGAAAUCACUGGCUGCUGUAGACUCGAGAACUUCUGGCUAGAGUUUUUCCCCAAGUUAAAGAGUCUCAAAAUAUAUCACUGUUUUAAUCUUGAAUCCUUGUGCACACCCGAGACAAUUUCCUCAGAAAACAAGGAAAAAAGUGAUUCAUUACCAGAGGUUUGCUCAAACUUCCCACUGCUACAAGAGCUUUGCAUUUAUGGAUGUAAGAAGCUGCACCUGCUUUCACUUCCAAGGCCUUUGACAAUCCAUACAAUGUCGUUACAAGACAAUUCUCGUGAUGUGAGGUUAUGCAAACAGAGUUCUGGGUUGUACAGUCUCCACAUAAGGAGGUUCUACUCCCUAGAAGAAAUUGAAACAUGGCUACUGAGUGGUGGUUUCCCUAAUUCAGCAGCAGAAAUCACAAUUGAAGUCUGUGAUCAGCUCAAGUAUUUCCAGUUAGGAAAAUUUCCCAAGUUACAAGGACUUGAAAUUGGACAUUUUCCAAAUUUUCAAUCCCUUGAGAUCACUGAUGAAGAAUUCACAUCUCUCAAUAGCUUGAGUAUCCACCACUGUCCUAAUUUUGCAUCUUUUCAGAGAGGAGGAUUACGAGCCCCAAACUUGACAUUCCUUAGCUUGUUGGAUUGCUCCAGAUUAAAUUCCUUGUCCGAUGACAUUCAUACCUUCCUUCCUUCCUUAUUGAAUUUGAUUAUAGCAGGAUGUCCACAAUUUGAGUCAUGUCCAGAAGGUGGUUUCCCUUCUACUCUCAGCCUUCUUACAAUUAAGGAUCUUCAAAUUCUGAAAUCUGUCAGAUUUAAUGAGCUUACACAUCUUAGAGAGCUGUCCAUCCAGCAUUGUCCUAACCUUCAGUCUAUGCCAGAAUGUAUGCUGGCCCUCCUACCUUCCCUUGUUACAUUGACAAUAUGUGAUUGUCCACAGCUUGAAUCAUUUUUUACCAGGAACUUGCCCUUCAAGUUAGAAUCACUCGCCAUCAGAAACUGCAACAAACUCCUUGCUUGCCUAAUGCUAUGUGAUAUGCAUACUCUGCCCUCUUUUACUCAACUUACAAUUGCUGGGAACAGUGAUCUGGCCAGCUUACCAGAAGAGACGCUGUUGCCUUCAUCGCUUUCCUAUCUCUGAAUCCAGGAUUUUCAAAAACUGAAAUUUCUACGGCUUCAGCAUCUGACCUGUCUUACAACUUUGAAAAUCCAUGAUUGUCCUGAACUCCAGUUGUUGUCAGAAGAGGGGCUGCCCACUUCUCUUAGUACUUUGAUGAUCAGAGAUUGUCCUAAGCUCCAAUUCAUGCCAGAGGAGGAGCUGUCCUCCUCCCUUUCUUCUUUAGUUAUCAGAAAUUGUCCUUUGCUGGAAAGAAAUAAUACAUA